GAAAUAUGCAUAUGCAGCGACGGUAGCGAGCACGGACUUUCAGAUUCCUCAACUCCGUGCGCUCUCUUACCUUCUCCCUCACCUCCGGCACGGGACAGCAUCCGCUUCGCGGCACCGUCGGACGGUGCUCGGGAUAUCUACCCAUCACGGACAUCACCUACAACCAAUUGAACCGACCCUACCUUUUCCGCUGCCGACCAUGGACGCCGUCCAGGAAUUCCCCGCGAUCCUCGCCCAAGCGGCGGCAACAAAACCGAAGCUGCUACCCCUCAGGUGGCCUGGCACACUAGCUCAGCUUAAUCCUAUACCGCAGAAGUUCCGGCCAAACCGGAAACUACGCCUUCGCCUGCGGCCGCAUGGCUCUUCGAAACAGCAUGACGGGGUCGAUGACAUCACAAGGUUACAAAGCUCGUUCAAUUGCUGGGGGGCGUUGAAGGCGCUGCGCACAAGGAAAUGGAGUCUUUGGGACUUGCAGUAUCUGGUGCUUUUUGGGUACAUCAUCUUCUCGCUGGCCAUCCUGCCGUCAGCGCCGCUCAUCAAGACGGGUGUGUUGGUCGUGCUCGGGGUGCUGCUCUUGAUGCCGAUCACGCAGCAAUUCUUCCUGCCGUCCUUGCCGAUAUGGACCUACCUGCUUUAUUUCUUUGCUAGUCGAUUCAUUGCUCCCGAGUACCGGCCACACAUUUGGGUGAAGGUGCUCCCGGCGCUAGAGAAUGUUAUGUACGGAGCGAAUCUCUCCAACAUCCUUUCGGCCCACACUCACGCCGUCCUGGACAUCAUCGCCUGGGUUCCCUACGGCCUUGGUCACUUUGCCCUGCCCGCGAUCUGCAGCGCCAUGAUGUUCCUCUUUGCCGCGCCCGGCACCACCCCGGUCUUCGCGCGCGCCUUCGGCUACAUGUCGAUGCUGGGCGUUACCAUCCAGCUCAUCUUCCCCUGCACACCGCCCUGGUACGAGAAGCUUCACGGGCUGGAGCCGGCGCACUACGGCAUGGAGGGCUCGCCAGCGGGCCUGCGCCGCGUGGACGAGCUGUUCGGCGUCGACAUGUACACGACGAGCUUCACAACAGCGCCGCUGCCGUUCGGCGCGUUCCCCAGUUUGCACGCCGCUGACGCCAUCCUCGAGGCGCUCUUCAUGCAAUACUGCUUCCCGCGGUUCAGGCCGUUCUUCAUCUUCUAUGCCGUCUGGAUCUCUUGGUCCACCAUGUACCUCAACCACCAUUACGCGAUCGACCUCGUCGGUGGCGGCAUUUUCGCUGCGAUUGCGUACUACAUCGCGAGGACGAAGUUCCUUCCCCGGCCGCAGCUAGACAAGACGACUCGCUGGGAGUACGAGUACGUCGAAUAUGGAGACCGGCCGAGGGCGUUGGACGAGGAGCAUGGCCUCGGUAACGGGUACGGCAUGGGUCUACUCGCGAGACCGGGAACAGCGGACAGCGAUGAGUGGACGCUUGGCAGCAGCUCGAGCUUCGAUUCGAUCAGUCGCGGCGAUACCCUCUGCGGGAGCAGCAGCAGCACGCCAGGGAUCCUGAGCCCGACCACGCCGAAUGAUGAUCAUUAUGAUGUCUGGAGCAAGCUCCGGCUUCCGAAGGACAGUGACUCGGCCGAGGUCUAUGUCGCGAGAUGAGCGGUUCCGGCUCACGUCAGUGUCGUCUCGGCUCGAAUCAUCGGUGUGCUGGCUGGUAAGCUGGCUGGCGAAAGCAUCAUGCUCCAUUCUUGGCUCCAUUCUUAUUCCACCCUGUGGGAUCCUCUGUUCGGUCGACACGACUCGCAAGAGUGAAUGAGCUUUACUUCGUUUUAUAAUAGCGAUUCUUACCAAGAUAUACCCCCUCUCGUUUUAUAGACAUUGUGCA